CCGUAUCCCCCUCACCGUUUCCUCUAACCUAUAGAAAAUAUCCAAAAAUUUGUCAGAUUACCUAACAUAUCUAAAAUUAGGAUUCGAGCAAUAUCAAGAUUAUUCUUCGAAUUAUGUGUUCUUAAACGCUUUAGGAACGUCCCAGGACUUUAUCGACCGUCCCUAAGUCACAUGUCCACAGUCGGCUCCGAGUGCCUGAGUUUGCAGUUGUUGGGUUUCAGUUGACCGGCGUCGUUUCUCUUGAUCAGCCAACACAUAUCUAUCUAAUCAUGAGUACCCACGAGUUUUUUGUUGAUAUGACAUGUGAGGGAUGCUCUGGUGCCGUGACUCGGGUCCUUAAGAAAAUAGAUGUGAAGUUUGAUAUUGAUCUUCCUAAUAAGAAGGUCUUUAUAGAAUCAGACAAAGACACAGACGUCCUGCUGGAAACCCUGAAGAAAACCGGCAAAACUGUCACGUACAUUGGUCCUAAAUAGACCAGAUGUUAAACAUUAACUGUCCCUAUGGAACAACAUGUACUCCUGUCACCCUCCAUUUCUAACCCCUGACUCCAUUUGUUUAGGAUUUUGUUGGACUUCAUUUACAUGUUAACACUGUACAUUUUUCUAUGCUGUACUAACAAUAGUAUGUAAUAAAAGUGUAACUUGAAAUAAUAGAUGUCCUAAUCUUCAACAUUAUGGUGCAGUUCACCUCGCCAUAGAUUGCAAGACAUGCUUUAGAUUAAGAAAUCUAUUAUUUAAAGUUACACUUGAUACAUGCCAGUGCAAUGGUUACUUUGGGAACACAAGCAAGCUCAGAACAUCUGGUUAUAUGUAAAGUCAAUCAUAAACUCUUUAUUAAGGAAGGAAAAUAUUAAGUUUAUAUGCAAAAUUGUUUGUAAUGUAAUCAUUGUAUUGUAUUGGUCCAGUAUACCAGUUCACACUGCUAUCCGUUUAUGUAUGUAAAUUAUUAAACAGCUAAAUACAGGUAUUAUUUUAGCAAAAUGCUUAACUUUUGACUUUUUUCAUUUUGGGGUUUAUUUUAGGGGGAUAGUAAAUAUUAUUUGGAGAGGUUGCACACCACCAGUCAUAAGCCUGUGUGUGCAGGGUUUGUACUGUAUGUUCUCUCUGUGCUUGAUGGCUUUCCUUCAGGUAGUCUGGCUUCCUCAUACAGUCCAAAGACAUGCAAUGUGCCCUGAUUAGUGUUUCCUGGGACAGUACCUAUUUCUGAGCUUUGGCAAUACAAAUGUAAAUAUUUGUCAUGCCAAUAAGGCACCUUUGAAUCUUGACUCCCCCAACUCUAAACAGGAUGCAUGUUGUAGACGAUGAAUGGAAAUUCCACACCAGUUCGGCAUAGUCCCAUUUGAAGCUGAAAUACCAGUUUUUAAUGCAGCAAACUCUUUCUUAGUUUAUUCUUCAACUAAUUUAUGGUUUUAAUCACUAUACUUCAAACUACCCCAACGGUUCAGUUAUUAGAUGCCUCAAUAGUGCAAUCUGAUACGGUUUAUAUUCUACAUCUUCAAACUCAUAAAAAGAAAACCAUCAGUGAAUAUAACCAAUCUUAAUUAAAUAUAUUUGUUAAAUCUCAAAGGAUUAUCUGUAUUAAGGGAUAAAUAUAACUACCUUCAACUGUCCAGUGGAGGGCAAUAUUACACUUUCAUUACAGAAAACACACCUGGGAAGUAUGAAAUAACCUUGUAUUCUCUGCCAUAAUAAAAUAAACAACAAUGUUAAA